AAACAAAUGAUAGAUUGUAAACUGUUGACGUUUGUCCGCGUAGCAAGUGAAAGUGGCACGUCAGUCGAAUCUCUGUCAAGAGCGUAUUUCAGAUUGUUCUCCUUCCAUAGAGAUCGGCUGUUUACUGGUUAAAUAUUCGGUUUUAGGUUAAAACCGGGAAGAUGGGAAUAAAACCUGCAAUUGGCAGAAAAUCUAACAAGAACCCCCCCGUUUUUAGUCACGAAUUUAUGAUACAAAAUCAUGCCGAUAUUGUAUCAUGUGUUGUUAUGGUGUUUUUAGUGGGACUUAUGGUCCAGUCAACAAGUCCAAUUGCUAGUUUAUUUAUUGGCCUCCACCACAACGUUACUGGAGUGGAACCAACUCGCGACGCUCCAAAAGGUGAACCUUUCACAUAUGAAGCUGGUUGGAAAGAUGCAGGCGCUGUAUUUUUUUACUCAAUGGUUUGCAUUGUAUUCCAUGCAAUUAUUCAAGAGUACUUCUUAGAUAAAAUUUCAAAGAAGUUCCACCUGUCCAAAUCAAGACUGAGUGCUCUCAAUGAGUCUGGACAGCUGAUUGUGUUCCAACUGAUGACUCUACUUUGGGGUGGAGAUGCCAUACUCCGUGAAGGUUUCAUAUUCAAUAUCUCACAGCUGUGGGAUGGAUACCCUAACCACCCAAUGAGUUUCCUCCUCAAGCUGUGGUGGGUGGUUCAAGCUGCGUACUGGAUCCACACAGUUCCGGAACUCUACUUCCAAAGAAUCAAAAAAGACGAGAUGUCAAGUCGUCUUAUACAAGCGUCUGUCGCUUUCACCUUUAUCAUUGCCGCUUACUCCUUCAGAUUCCAGCGAGUAGGAGUUUGUCUGGUGGUGCUACAUGCUCUAUCUGAAUUCGUAGCUCAUGCCCACCGCCUGAACAAUAUACUCAGGGGUGAAAAAGAGGAUUACUUUAACAAAUUGCUAAGCUUGCUGAAUGGAGUUUUGUUUGUGUCCGUCCGUCUAUGUUCCUUAGUACUUGGUGUUCUGACCUUCUACUUUGGCCUCGCUGGUGUUGCCCCACUCCUACUCCGUGUUGGUGCUCUGUCUGUACUAGUUACAUUCCAGGUUUAUCUGAUGUUCAACUUCAUCUCUGAAGCUAUUAAGAGACGACAGGAAUCCGCUCAAUUGGCCCAAACCAGGCCAAAGAAGGAAAGAAAAGAGAAGCCUAGGAAAGAGAAAGCUAAGAAGGUGCAAAGUGAAGAAUCUGAUCUACCCGAAGUUGAUCAGAACACAAACAAGACCAUCCGACAGAGACAAACUGCUGUGAAGGCAAAGUAAAUGAGCUCAUCCUAAUUCAUAACUUAACUAGGUUGUCCCCUUCUGUGUUCUUCCCUAUUUAUAUAUUUGUUCCUUCUUGUCAAUGCACAAAAAGUGUAAUUCUAUUAUAGAUAUUAUAUGAAAUUUUUUUUAUUUUUAUUUUGAGAUUGUUAAUAUAAUUGAAAAUGUAUGUGUUAGUUCAUGACAAUUUAAUAUUUUUUAUCACCUAUUUUAUAAUCGAUGUAUAACAGAUGUGUUGUCAGAAACUGUAACUUUCGUUGAUAGACUACGAAACGCACUAUUGUCAUUACAAAUAGUGGAUACAGGGUUGUAAAAAUAUCUCUUUAAGUGUAAAAACUUAAAGUAUAGGUUAUAAUGUUGUUUAUAUUAAUAUAUUGAUAAGAAUUUACAGUACUGUGUUUGUACACAUAAAAAAACAAAUAUAGCAUACAUUCGUUUAUUUUGAUUAUUAAAAAUGUAUCUUGUAAUUCCAAAUCUUUGUAUUGAAUUGUUUACAUUUUAUUUUUUUAUAAACUUUACUUGUAUGACUUAAUCAUAUCUAUUUUCAAAUUACAGUAGAUGUUUUCUAUUGUAUUUUCACAAUGUUUCGGUGCUUUUUUUCCAUUUUUCUUUUUAAUAUACAUUCUGCUAUGAUAUAGUCUAUAUUAUUAGUACGCUUAGUGUAUCGUAAUUCAGGACCUAAUUUAAUCUGUGACUUGGGGAUAUACGCACUGUAAUUAAAUGAGUUCAAAUGAUGUUGAAACUCGUGUCCGAUGUUAGACGUUAAUAUAAUUAAUCUUCCUAUUAUGAAAAUGUGCUCAUAAAUUAUUAUAUAAUUUCAAUGAGAAUUGUCAAUUUUAACAUGCUUGAUGUUAUUUUAUUCCUGAAUAAAUUUUGUAAGGAUUA